AUGCCUAACACAAUGCGUGCUGUUGAUAUUCGGGACACGUCAGGACCUGCGGAGUCCCUCUACAUCACUGAUGUCCCCAGGCCUGUGCUCAAAGAGGGCCAGGCACUGGUCCGAGUCAAGGCCUUCGGCAUCAACCGCGCGGAUGUUAUGCAGCGUGAUGGCGAAUAUCCUGUUCCACCAUGGGCUCCGAAUAUCUUGGGCUUGGAGUUUUCCGGUAUCAUCGAGGAGCUAGGGGAGAAUAGUGAGCCGUCCUUCAAGAUUGGCGAUGAAGUCUUUGCUUUAGCAUAUGGAGGAGCAUACGCCGAAUACGUCGCUGUCUCGACUCAUAUGCUGAUCCACAAGCCAUCUCAAUUAUCCUGGGAGGAAGCUGCAGGAAUUCCCGAGACGUGGCUCACGGCAACAAAAGUGAUGUAUACAAUUGGGGAAUUUACCCCUGGCAAAUCGAUCCUCUGGCACGCUGGAGCUUCUGGCGUUUCCAUCAGCGGCAUUCAGUUUGCGCUUGGAGCUGGUGCUUCGGCUGUUUACGCAACGGCACGAUCUCAAGAAAAGUGUGACUUCAUUGUCGAUACUUUGGGAGCCACUGCAGCUUUCAACACGACCGAUCCCGAUUGGGUUGACCAGGUGAUCAAGGCAACCGGUGGCAAAGGCGUUGACAUAAUCGCCGACCUGAUUGGCCCCGAUGUCUUCGCCGGAAACUUGAAGAUUGCGGCAAAAGAUGCAAGAGUUGUCCUCGUUGGAUUGAUGAGCGGAUUCAUCUUCGACAAGGAGUUCGACAUGGGGCUGCUUGCGUUCAAGCGAAUUAGAUACGAAGGCUCAACUUUGAGAAGCCGAGAUGAAGAGUUCCAGCGGAAGCUCAGGGACACUUUCGUAUCGGAAGCCCUUCCCAAGUUCUUGACUGGGGACUUCAAAGUGUUCAUUGAGAGAGUUCUGCCAUGGGAAGAAGUCGUUGAAGCGCACAAGUUGAUGGAGACGAAUCAGAUCAUGGGCAAGAUUAUCUGCACAAUCAACUAG